AUGUUCAACAGCGGCACUUUGACUUUCCUACUGGGAUCGUUGAUGAUAGGGGCUGGAAUUGGAGUUAAGGCGACUGAGUAUCCUUUAUCUGAGAAAUACAGUGGAACUUCGUUCUUUGACGGAUGGAAAUUCCCAGUAGAGACUUAUGAUAAUACCACAAACGGAGACGUUUUCUGGGCAACUGCUCAAAAUACUUCUUUACUAUAUGUCAAUGAUGCUGGACGAGUAGUAUUGAAAGUCGACAACACGACCUCCGUACCAUAUAACGAAAAGCGAUAUGCACCAAAACUACUCUCAAAAGAAACAUACGGUCCUGGAACAGUAUUCGUCAUGGACGCCACACACGUUCCUUAUGGUUGUUCUGUUUGGGGUGCUUUCUGGACUCAAGGAGCAUAUUGGCCUGCUGGAGGUGAAAUCGAUAUUUUCGAAGGUAUAAAUCAACGUACGACGAAUAUGAUGGCUUUACAUACAUCUGGUGGAUCCUGUACAAUAGACAAUUCUACGACUAUGACAGGUAGAAUAGAUUCUGCGGAUUGUGAUCAAUCUGCCAAUUCAGGUUCGGGAUGUACAGUUUAUGAUCAAAGUGAUAAUUCCUACGGAGAAGCUUUCUCACAAGCUGGAGGAGGUGUUUUCGUUACUGAGUGGACUAAUGAAUCUAUCAAAAUAUGGUUUAUCUCCCGAGCAAACGUACCAUCUAGCUUGUCAUCCACGGCAGAAUCACUCGAUACUUCUACACUUGGCACACCCACUGCUGAGUAUUCAUCUUCAACAUGUGAUAUAGAACAUCUCUUUGAGCCCCUCGACAUCACAUUAUGUGGUGAUUUCGCCGGACUCCCAGCUCUUCUUCAACAAACUUGCCCUGCUUUACAAGGCGACAAAACCUGCUACACAACAUAUGUCAUUGAUGACGGAUCCACUACUUAUGCCAACGCAUAUUUCGAAUUAAACUAUAUCAACAUAUAUGCUAGUAGCAGUAAUUCAUCUGGAUCAGGAUCCGCCACUUCUCCUAGUGGGAUCGGGAAAGCAACAACCACAAUCACUGCUGGGGUAGGGAGUCAAACCUCUACCAAAAUUUCAUCUACGAAUGGCACCACCUCUAACUCUGCAUCUGGUCCUACGAUCGGUUUGAAAAGUGUUAGAUUAUCCUGGAUCAUGGGAAUGGUAGGAUCAGUUGGGAUUUGGAUGGGAGUAGGGUUUUUUUGGUGA